CUCCCCAACAUGGCGCUGGUGCUGGCGGCCGAGCGGGGCCGCUGCUGCCUCUGGGCGCUGCGGCGUCAGCGAUGGAAUCAAGUACAAAGAUUUGUGAAAUGGGCCUCAACGAUAGGUGGUCACAACAUAGGGAAGAUUCUUAUUGCAAACCGAGGAGAAAUUGCAUGCAGAGUGAUGCGAACAGCAAAGAAAAUGGGUGUGAAGUCUGUAGCAGUUUAUAGUGAAGCAGACAGAAAUUCCAUGCAUGUAGCAAUGGCAGAUGAAGCAUAUUGCAUUGGUCCAGCACCCUCACAGCAGAGUUACUUGGCCAUGGAAAAAAUAAUGCAGGUGGCCAAGGUCUCAGCAGCACAGGCUAUUCAUCCAGGUUAUGGUUUCCUCUCAGAAAACACAGAGUUUGCAGAAUUGUGCAAGCAAGAGGGAAUCAUCUUCAUAGGUCCGCCUUCAUCUGCUAUCAGAGAUAUGGGUAUUAAGAGUACUUCCAAAGCUAUAAUGUCGGCUGCUGGCGUUCCUGUUGUUGAAGGUUAUCACGGAGAAGAUCAAUCAGAUGAGUGUCUAAAGGAACAUGCCAAGAGAAUAGGAUAUCCAGUAAUGAUUAAAGCUGUUCGUGGAGGUGGAGGAAAGGGCAUGAGAAUUGCUCACUCAGAAAAGGAGUUUCUGGACCAACUAGAAUCAGCUAGGAGAGAAGCAAAGAAGUCUUUCAAUGAUGAUGCAGUGCUGAUUGAGAAAUUCGUAGAUAAUCCAAGGCAUGUUGAAGUCCAAGUAUUUGGUGACCAGCAUGGCAAUGCAGUGUAUUUGUUUGAAAGAGACUGCAGUGUGCAAAGAAGACAUCAGAAGAUCAUUGAAGAGGCACCAGGGCCAGGAAUUAAUCCAGAAGUUCGAAGGAGACUUGGAGAAGCUGCUGUCAAAGCAGCUAAAGCAGUGAAUUAUGUGGGAGCAGGAACAGUGGAAUUUAUUAUGGACUCCAAACAUAAUUUUUACUUCAUGGAGAUGAAUACCAGACUGCAAGUAGAGCAUCCAGUUACAGAGAUGAUCACUGGAACAGACUUGGUGGAAUGGCAACUUAGGGUUGCAGCAGGAGAGAAGAUUCCCCUAAUGCAGGAAGACAUUGUGCUCCAGGGCCAUGCAUUUGAAGCUAGAAUAUAUGCUGAAGACCCUAAUAAUAACUUUAUGCCAGGGGCUGGGCCAUUGCUGCACUUAACCACCCCACCACCUGAUAGUUUCACCAGAAUAGAAACUGGAGUCAGACAAGGUGAUGAGGUUUCUGUUCAUUAUGAUCCAAUGAUUGCAAAGCUAGUUGUUUGGGCUGAGGAUCGUCAAGCAGCACUGAGAAAGUUGCGAUACAGUUUGCAUCAAUAUAAUAUUGUAGGAUUAAGCACCAACAUUGAUUUCUUACUGAGCCUGUCGGGACACCCACAGUUUGAGGCUGGAAAUGUGCACACUAAUUUCAUUCCUCAACACCAUGAUGAACUAUUUCCAACCAAAAAAGCAACCCCACAUGAAGUUAUGUGUCAGGCAGCUCUAGGACUCAUACUGAAAGAGAAAAUGCUAACAGAUGCUUUUAGAGAUCAGUCAGAUGAUAAAUUCUCACCAUUUGCAUCCAGCACUGGUAGAAGAAUAAAUAUAUGUUAUACUAGAAAACUGUCUCUGCUGGAUGGGGAAAACAUUGUGGAUGUAGCUGUAAGUUACAAUCAAGAAGGGUCAUACAAAAUGCAGAUUCAAGAUGAAACGUUCCUGAUAUCUGGAGAGAUCUUCAAUGAAGGUGAUUCAGUUUACUUGAGGUCUUCAGUAAAUGGAACCGUGUGUAAGUCCAAACUGGUCAUUUUGGACAACACCAUUUAUCUCUUCUUUCCGGAAGGUAGCGCUCAGAUUGGCCUUCCUGUACCCAAGUACUUAUCUGCAGUGAGUUCAGUGGGAAUGCAAAGUGGUGCUGUAGCGCCCAUGACAGGCACAGUUGAAAAGGUGUUUGUGAAAGCAGGGGAUAAGGUUAAGAUUGGAGACCCUCUAAUGGUUAUGAUAGCUAUGAAAAUGGAGUGCUAUUGAAAUAUAAAAUGUAAGAUGUAAAAAGCAAACUAUUAUUUAAAUGAAUCCUUGCUUAGAUGUAAGGAUUUAAUAUCUGGUAUUAAGUGUUUUGAUAUUAGACUAACCCUAUGUAGAAAACUACCAACAAACAAAACUUCAGUGGAAAACUAACCUGAUACAAUAACAAGUAGACGAAUUUGGGGACUGGUAUGUAAACAUGCUAUUCCUUUACUGCCACUAGUAGCUGUAUUUGUAUUUCAUCUGCAUUUUGCCAAAUACCUGUUCAAUAAAGACCCCUCCUAGCCAGUGAACAAAAAUAUCUUUAGUAAAACCGCACAUUCCUCUUAAAGGAAUAAAUCUGCUAUAUGAUUAACAUUUUGGACUAAAACUGCAUUAUUUCUGCCUGGUAUUUAUAAUAAUAACAGAAAGUAUUGGUGAAGUAAAAUAACAUUCAGUUGUUCAUACUUCAAAAUAUAACAUUAUACAGCAUUUUUGUCCCCAGUAUACUUAAAAAUACUAAAUAAAUGUUGAUAAGAAAGUAAAACUUGGAAAAAGGACUGGGAUAACAUUUUAAAAGGAGGUUUAAAAUAAAUAUACAUGUGUCGGAGGAAGUAAUUAAGUGUGUUCUGUUCUA